AUGCAGAAGACAAAGCUUCGAAUGAUGUGGGUCCUUGGGUUUUUUAUAUUUCUCCAUUUUUCUGUGACCCCUGGACAAAACACUAGCGGGUGGAAUAAGACGACGAAUACCAUCGGAACCGCAAGUGAACAUUUUCCUUCAGCUCCAAAUCAUCCGUGGACAUUAUCUACUGAUAAAGUCUUAAACUUGUGGAAAAACAUGGAUAAAGACUACCAUAAAAUUGCUUCUUACUGGAUUGACGAAAUAAAACCUUUUGUUGAACAUGUUCUUGCUGCUGCCAACGUUACUGAUUUAUGCAGAAAGAGUGUGUUUAACGUUUUGAAUUCUGUUGCAGGAUUGGAAACAUGGGCCAUAAGAAUGUUAGACGCCACCGGGACAUUGCCUUCAGGACUGCUGGAAGGUAGUCUCACUAGUCUGGGUUCGUACGACGAAUGUGUUAAUAUUAACUCUUCACCUGACACUAGCCAUCGAAUUAUAAGCGGUCAGUAUUGCUCUGUCCAGUUCAGACCACCUUUGCCAAAAAGGAAAUACAAAUACUACAGUAUAGUUGUACAACCGGAGUUACUGGCUAACGUCUCUCAACAGGGAAGGUUGUUAUACGACCUAGCACAAAAUGCCCAGUUUUUCUAUUCAUUCGCAUACCGACUGGGAGUGUGUUUGCCAUCUGCCUGUUCCAGAACUGAUGUACAUAGUGCGACUAGUUUAGUUGCAAAAACUCUAAAUCUUCGAGGUGAUUUGAUUAGGUGUGAGACUAAAAUUUCAUUCACCGUCACACCAGGACAACAGUUUGUCAU